GGACUGUUCAAUGGACUUUAAAACUUAUAUUUGUUUGGUAUGCGGCUGGAUAUAUGACGAAGCUGCUGGUGUUCCUGAUGAUGGCAUUGCGCCAGGCACGAAGUGGGAAAACGUUCCAGUUAGCUGGCUACUUCAUGACAGCCGUGCGCGACAAAACGUUAUACGAAAAUAACAAAUUGGAAAAACGCUUAUGCCGCCAAGUGGGGCAAGCCAUUGGCGAUUAUAACAUGAUUGAAAAUGGUGACAAAGUCAUGGUUUGUUUGUCAGGUGGUAAAGACAGCUUUGCAAUGCUUGAUAUUUUGCUCAAACUCAAAACUCGUGCCCCGAUCGAUUUUAGUAUCGUGGCCGUUAACCUCGAUCAAAAACAACCUGGCUUCCCAGAACAUGUCUUGCCGAACUAUUUGCAAAAGCUCGGUAUUGAUUUUCAUAUUGAAAAUCAAGAUACUUAUAGCAUCGUCAAAAAAAUUAUUCCAGAAAAUAAAACUACGUGUUCUUUGUGUUCAAGACUGAGGCGUGGGAUUUUGUAUCGGGUCGCUAGUGAGUUAGGCGCUCAUAAAAUUGCCCUUGGACAUCAUCGAGAUGAUAUUUUAGAAACAUUUUUGCUCAAUUUUUUUUACGGUGGCACGCUCAAAGCGAUGCCACCUAAAUUGCGCUCUGAUGAUGGUCGUCAUGUUGUGAUUAGACCUUUGGCCUAUGUUGAUGAAAAUGAUCUUAUUCGAUAUGCUAAGGUGCAAGAUUUCCCCAUUAUUCCUUGUAAUUUGUGCGGUAGUCAGGAGAAUCUGAAAAGAGUCGAAAUGAAGCAACUUCUCCAUGAGUGGCGCAAAAAAUACCCAGGGCGCGUUGAAACCAUGUUUAAUGCCUUAUCAAAGGUAACCCCAUCACACCUGCUUGACACCAAACAGUAUGAUUUUGUUGGGCUUCCCAAUAGUCGCGUCGACCAAGAAGAACAAGUGAUGACGUUUGCCAAUAAAAACUUGGGUUUGGAGGACGCUUUCCCCUUAUUUGAGGAUGCU